AUGUUUGACAAGCUAAAGCAAAAAGUGUUUAGCAGUACAAGGGAGCCCAGAGUUUUGGAUAUACCACCACCGGGCCAGAUCAAUGACAAUCGUAUUAUCUACCAGAGUAGAAGCAACUAUGGUGUGAAUUUUGGGUCAUUGUUUGUACUUGAAAAGUACAUUUAUGGAUCGUUAUUUUCUGCCGGAGGGGAUGUCGAAUUUGAUGCGGUUACAAACCAGGUUAAGAGCACUGGAGUUGACGAUGCAGCCAAGAGGUUGUCGGAUCAUUAUGAUGCAUAUUUGAACAAAGUUGAUUGGGGGUGGUUGAAAUCUGUUGGAUGCACAGCUAUCCGUUUGCCGGUCGGAUACUGGCACAUAAAUAACGGUGCAUUGAUGAGCAGCGAUCAAAAGUUCUACAGCUUGAAGGACGUUUAUGCGAAGGCAGCUCCCUGGAACCGCGUGAAGCAGGUUAUUGCUAAGGCCAAUGAUAACAGUAUUGGUGUUUUGAUUGAUUUACAUGCGUUGCCUGGGGGUGCGAAUACUGGGGAGCAUAGUGGUGAGCAAAGCGGAGGCACAGCUACGUUUUUCGGUAAUUCGAGCUACGUUUCUUCUGUGACAAACACGAUGAUUCCAUUUAUGGUUCAGGAUCUUCAAUCGAAUGAGAACAUGGUGGGAAUCCAAAUCGUGAAUGAGGCUGACUUCGACAACGACGGUAGCAAAGAAAAGUCUUACUACACAAAGGCCGUGGCAAAAGUCCGCUCUGUGAGCGGCACGUGGCCAAUCUUCAUCUCCGAUGGGUGGUGGCCCCAACAGUUCUCGGACUGGGCCCAGUCGUCAAAUCUAUACCCUGACGUUGUCAUUGACUCACAUGUGUACCGUUGCUUCUCGGACUCUGACAAAUCCAAGAGUGUCCCUCAGAUUAUUCAGGAUUUACCUGGCUCUGUUCAAUAUGACCAAACCAAAGCCGAUUUCGUUGUUGGCGAAUUCUCCUGUGUGCUUGACCAGCAAUCGUGGAACAAGACUUCUGGAGACCAUAAUACGCUUGUGAAGCAGUAUGGUAACACACAGACGCAACUGUUUACUAAGGAGGCAUCUGUUGGAUGGUUCUUUUGGACAUUGCAGUUUGAAUACGGGGAUGGUGGAGAAUGGGGGUUUGUCCCCAUGGUGAACGAAGGAGCUAUUCCAAAGAGACCCACUAGUUGGAAUAAACCAAGUGACAGCGAUGUACAAAAGAUUAUCACAGACCAUGUGAAUUACUGGGCUGAUAAAGGAGGCGAUAAAAUGGAGCACUGGAGGUUUGAAGACGGUCUUAAAAAUACGUUAUUGGACAUCGAAUCGUUCGUAGCCUUCAACAACUCUCUACUAGGCAGAACAUGUGCCUGGAAGCACAACAGAAGAGCCCAAUAUGUCAGACAGAAGGGUGACAGUCAGUACAUGUGGGAGUGGGACCAGGGUUUCGACCAAGCCUUGAGCAACUUCAACCACUACUAG